CUGCUUUCCAGAAGUUUGAACUCUAGUGCUUUUUAACCCAGUGAUACAUUUCUGCACAUAUCAGAAGUGUUGGCGUUUCCCCCAGUGCUGAAGACGGACAAGGGGUAACAGAGCAGCAAAGGGGCAGCUGGCGUUUGCAGUGCGACUUGACCUGAGGCAUAGCCCCUCGCUGCAGCUGGGUGGAUUGUGGAAUUGCUUGGGGGUCGAUGUUUUGCUGCGUCUGGUUUUUCUUUUCUGGAAGAGUCCCAUUUUUGGAAAUAGCAGCCCUCCAAAAGCCAUGCACCUGGGAAGCCUCCCCUGUGAAGAUGCUCUGCCGGUCCUGUAAUGCAACAUUGCUCAAAGAAGUAUUCACCGAUGCUGUCUGCUAAGUGGGCAGGUAGGGGGGUCUAUCGCGAUGCAGAAGAGUUGGAAGGGAAACCCGUUGCUCAGCUUUGGAAGUGAGCACAGCGAGGAAACAUACUGGGAAGAUUUCUAGGCAGCUGCUCGGCGCAAAGCCCUCGCUGGAUCUCCCUGCUGCUGCUCCUGCCUGGCCAGACCUGCCCUCCUUCCGCCGCCGCCCAUCCAGGGACUGGAUCAUGAGCCAAGAAAUUCAUAUUUCAUGGGAAGUUAAGCCAGGACCCAGCAGUAGCUGAGCGAUGGAAGUUUUCCAAGGUCUUAUGUGGCAUUGCGAGAUGAACCUGUAUCACACUUCACAUGCAAGUCCGGUCCAGUAGCCAGGAUGGAACCAGGAGCUGUCCCAGAGGCUGAACCGCCUCGUGGCUGGCUGAGAACGGAAGGCGAUGCAUCCGGAGAAGCGCUCGCAUACUGAGAAGCUGAGGGGACCAGCUUCUUUCUAGGCCCCUUCCUUGGUACAAUGAUGGGAGAGACCCAGCGUGCUUACGUCACCAAUGACAUUGAGUCCAGCGCCCAAGACAAAGAUAUCAGCUUUGAGCACUUUGGCAAGAAGGAUGUGAGUGAUGCGUUUGACAGCCGACUGCUGGACUGCUCAGAGCCGUGCCUCCACGAAGGGGCUGAAAACGGGUCCAGUUUCACCAGCACGAGGGACAAGGAGCCUCAGAACCAGCGGGAAGCCGUGAUCCGACCCCAGCAAGCGGGCAAAAUCGACUUCCGGUCCCUGCACAACAGACCCAGCUUCCCCAGCGACAGCCCUUGGGGCGCCGUCAAAGGAAGCCCCCAGUCUCCCACGGGAAAGAGCCGCGCGAGGGACAAGAACAGGCGGUCAGGGAAAGCGGAGCGUGGCCACCAGCAGCUCUACCGACUCACCAUCAGCAAUGCCCGGCCCAAUCCCACCAUCGGCAUCGCUUACCCCCAGCAGAAGGUCACGCCGCCCAAGAAGGUGGAGCUCAGCCGAGGACCCGUCUCGGGGAGCUACCGGUUUCACGUUCCCAGAAUCCCUGAGAGGGAAGUGGAGCUCCAGCAGGAGGAUCUCAGCUUCACCCGCUGCUUCCCAGAGGCCGCCUCAAGCCAUAUUUCCAGCAACUAUACCUCACCGACAGCCGCUGCGCGCCCAAACCAUGGCGCAAAGAUGCAGCCGCCAGUUGUCAUUCCUCACGAAAGUUCUGGCAGCAGCGGGCAGUUACAUUAUCUGGAGUUCCAGGGAAGUGGGAAUAACUCGUGGCCUCCGCCAGACAAAAGCCUUCCGGGUACUAACAGUGGACUGUCCGCCCCAACGGCUUGCCCUUUCCUGGACACCAGCAAAUCAAAGGCACGCUGUUUGGGGCCUUCGUCGUUUCAGUACCCUUUUCAGGCUUUGCACAGCCCAGCUGCCGACACUUUCCAGGGUGACGCCAGCGCGCAAGACUACGUAGACAUUUCAUUGGCCACCAGUCCGGCCUCUCAUGGUGCUUUGGCCUUCCAUUCUUCCUCCAAGGACUGGAAAGAGGAAGCCCUCGGCAACGACCCCUACGAGAACGUGGCUCCGGAGAGCAGGCUGUACGGCCUGGCUCCUCCACUGGCCCCGUUUCUCCCGUCACCGACUCAAGGGCACUUGCCUUGCUACAAAGGAAGGAACGAACAUUCCACUGACCCCAAUGGUGCUAUUUCUCCUUCUGGUGCUAUUGACCAAAACCCAAGCACUUUGCAAGAAAACCAAGCCGUUUUCCCACCCAGUUUACAUGUUUCUAGUAUGCCAAAGCCGAUCGGUAAGAGGCAGUCCUCCUUGAAAGACAGUGUAGCUAGUCAACGGAUACUGGACGCAGGAAGCCUGCUGAGAAGGAGCGUGCCACAGAUCUCUCUCCCCCAAGUGCACUUUCAGAACAAGGCUUACGGCGACCCUCCGGCUAGUGGCUUGGGCAACCCGGGUUCAGUGCCUUUUGAGAAGAGCCUUUCCAGCCCAGCUCAGAACCACCCGCGGCUCUUGCAGGCCUGGGAGGCAGGCAAGAGGCCUUAUUCUCCCACGGAACAAAACACAAUGCCUUACACAAGUCCUGCUGGAAGCCAGCUCUGCUUUGGGGGCCAUUCGGGGCCAGAACAAAGACAGCACGUCAGGAAGGCCUGGCAUCACCUGCACCUCGCUUCUGCCGUGCCUGGCCAGAACCGGAUCGAGCUCUCGAGGAAACUCGCCAGCCAGAAACUCCCUUUCUCGCCGGAGUGGGAAGGACACGGCAAGGCCCACAAGGGUGCCACCGGCUAUGCUGGUAAAGUGCUGCUGACCGGGGAGGGAGCCAUUAUGCAGAGGCACAACCCAGGCCUGCAGAGCUGUAGCUCGGUGAACGCCAUCUGUUUGGAUGGAGCGAAAGAUGCCGACCUCCCUGCCAUGUGCGGCUCAAGGAGCAAGCCCCUCUUCUUCAACGUGAGCCAAGCGGCGCCCCCAGCAUCCUCGCGGCUCCCCUCCAGCUCAGCUUUGGUGCUGCCCCCUCUGACCUUGGUUGCGUCCCCGAGCGACUCCCCUCUCCCGUCGCCUGCCCCCAACCCCACCAGUGGCAGCAGCUGCUCGUCCCUCUCUCCCCUGUCCAGCAGCCCCAGCAGCCUCGGCUUUGAAGAUGGCACACCGCUGACCACGUCCCCCUUCUUUCACCACCCUUGCCACCCAAAGGAUGGCAUGAAACCCGUCCACAUUUCAGAGCCGCUGUGUACCGGUUCAGCCCACUACCAUGCGGCAGAGCCCGUCAAGGCCUUCCACCUCUCGCAAGGAGCCUCAAAGGACGACCUCCUUUACAAAGGCAUCCCUAUGGAGGGCGGCUUCCACAAGCCAAACGUGGAGGCCUCCCAGGGGUGCCUGGAGGGCUUUGUGGCAGAGGCCCCCCCUCCGCCUUAUUCCUCGCAUCACCUCCUGGCCAGCUCGCUCAGUAGCGCAAGCCUUGACCAGCUGGACGUGUUCCUAACCUGCAAGCAAUGUGACCAGAACUUCAGCAACCUGUCGUCUUUUCUGGAGCACCGUCAGUUCUGUAGCGCGCACGUGGCGCUGCAGGGCCAGAUGAAAGACAGCUCCCAUGGGACGGAAAUCAGGAAGCAGCCAAACCCGCCUCUUGAUUCUGGGAAGCACGUGCUGGGGCCGCUGCUACUGCCCAGUUCUCACUUGCAGUUGCUUGCUUUGAACAAGACUGCCGAUUUCCUGGCGGAUGGAGAGGGCAAAGGAGAACCCAGAGAGGAUCCUCUCAGGAUGAACCAGCUCAGCAGCCUCGUGAACCCGUUGCCGCUCAGCACCUCUGACCUGGAGAUCGAUGAUGCCAAGCUAGACAGCCUGAUCACCGAAGCUCUGAACGGGCUGGGGUACCAGUCAGACAACCCAGAAAUCGACAGCAGCUUCAUAGAUGUGUUUGCAGACGAAGAACUGGCAUCUGUGAAGGUCACCACCGGUGGGGCCCCAUACAAAGCGAAAGACGGGAAGAAAAUGAAGCACGUGGGGACGGAGGAGAAUGUGAAAAUGGGCAGUUGUUAUGAGGAUAAUCCCUGUGGAGACCUGGCCAAAAUUCAAGCAUCUGGGAAGCAACAGGGGCCUAACGAGAGGGGAGCAGCCUGGUGCCCGGACCAUGGAGGAGAACCGUUUGAGAAACAGAACAGAACAGACUCUGUUCGCAGCAAGGCUGCAGACCCAGCAAUGGAUGACAGAGUGCAAAAUGAGACAAACACCCAACUGAAGGUAGGAAGGAAAAGCUGCGGAUCUUUUCUGCCGGCAAAGCAGGCAACCAAGACAUUUUCAGAACGGAAGCAGCCAAAGAAUGUCAAGUGUGCUUAUUCUCUGGCGAGUGACCUCCGGCCAGUGGGUGAGCCGGUCGCUGCUGCCGGGAACCCCAAGAUCUCUGCGAAAGAGGUGAAGAAGCGGAAGCUGCGGAGCGGGACGUGGAGCAAGGAGCUCAUCCACAAGAUCGUCCAGCAGAAAAACAAGCUCCACAAGUUGCACACCAAGAGCACCAAAGCGGUCCCACUCUCCUUGCUGGCCGACCGGCUGCUGCCUGAGACAAAGGACAGCAGAUUCGGCGAAUACGAGUACAUGUCAGAAUCCGAUGACGAGAGGGUGGAAUACGCCAAGAGGCAUUGCAGGCGGAAGCUGGGCUCGAGAUUCGGCGGGAAGCUGAGAAGCGGCUUCAGCAGGAGGCACCCAGGGAGAGGCGGGCGGGAGAAGGACAAGGAGGCGGCCUGGAGCUACGGGCAGCGGAAAGCCAGAGAGGAGCCCCAGAGGGCUUCGGGCAAGGAGGCCGGCAGGAAAGAUGGCUGCGUGGCCAAGUUGCGGAGCAGAAGCUGCAGGUCUUCUACAAGCAGUUACCGGAGCACGCCCUUCCCCAGCGAAGCAAGCAGCAGCCCCCAAAGCACCGAACGAGCCGAUUCGGACACAGAGAAGGAAGGCGAGCAGAGAAAGAGUCCUCCGCCGAACCCUGAGCGUGCCAGGCCACUUCCGAGAGGAUUCCUCAACGUGCCUGCGAGAGAAACACGAGGAAGGAGCCGUACCCUCACCUCUGACUGGUCUGGAGAGCCAGACGGCGUCAACUUGGCCAGAAUUCUGCCUCCGGUUUUUAAGGUGCAUCGAAACGACAGUCCCGACAUUUCUCCAGUCAGCUCUACGAAUGAAGAAGAAGGACUGCUACGUUCCCAAGAGAGCCUGCAUCCCAGCAGGACUGCACCGGGCCAGAGCCCAGCCGUGCUUUUUGGUUCUGAAGAGUCAGAGCAGUACAGCGGGAGGGCCAAGGAAGAGAAGCCGAGGCCUCCGGGCAAAGCCCCAGAGCCGUGUGAGCUGGGGACGGAUCAGCGCUGGCCCCAGAUUGCUGCCUAUAACGGGCAGUACCAUGUUGAAGAUCUGAUUGGUCCUUCCCCAACUGACAACAGCCGAAUCCCCACUGAUGAGGAUGCUGCCUACGACAAAGUGGACACGAAGCAUUUGGAGAAGCAGCAGCCGUUCAUUUCUCCCAUCAACUGUUUUAGUGACAAUCCUGUUGGUUUGGGGAUGGCCGAGAAAGGGCUGAGCCUGCUGGUCAGCACGGCAGACACGUUUUACGGCUGCAAAGAAUUACCCAGCAGCUAUGAAUCACCGGGUCUUUUCCCGGGCUCUCCAGCCAUCGAACCCCCCCACAGUGACAAUGUGUACUUGUGCCCGGGAGACGUCGGCUCGUUUAAACGGAAGCCCCCCGGGAUCUUGCCUUACGAAGCCGAUCAAAGCAAGCUCUCGUCACCUCUUAGCUUCGAUUCUUCCUCUGUCUUUGCAGAGAUCCCCGUUGCCAACUUUGACGCGACCUUAUAUGACAGUGUUUCUCCGAGCAAGGAUAGUUAUGCUACCUUUCCAGGCGCCAGUAACCCGCUUGGCAAGAUGAUCCCGUUUGACCAGCAGUACUCUUCAUUUCUGCCAGAAAAGGACUGGAACCAGCUCGUAGACGUAUUGCCGGUUUUACCCGAGGACCUUGCCCCGUUUCAUAGCCUCCCCGUUGAGAAACCGUUCGCGAAGAGGUUCCCGAGUGAGAUCGACCAAAUGCCGAUGCCUUUGCCCGAAAGGAUUGCGGAUUACAACGAACCUUUUAUGAACAGCAUAUCAGAUGACGACCUGGAGAUCAAAAGGUUGGUCACUGAGUUGGAAAGCCAGCUACAGACGAGCAAGCUGAGCGUGGAGGCAUCAGAGGAGCACCAAACUCCUGAGCAUCCCACUGAUACGGAGCAGGAGUCCGUCAACCGGUUUUCCCCCUUAACCCUGGAGCAACCGAGUGAUGGAAAGGCCCUGUUCUUAGUGGAGGAUGAGUUUGAGAAUGCAGGCCUUCUGUCCACAAAAGACUGCCUCUGUGAAAAUUCAGCCAGUGAGAAAACUCUACUUCCAGAUUUAGAUCCGAAGUAUGGACACCACCAAGACCUUUGGCCUUGUCUGGUCCAGUUCAGUCCUUUACCGUCGACCAUGAGCCCCUCGUCAACUGCUGAUCUAAUCUUGGUUGGCCCUUUGAGCUCCAAAGAGUCUCAUGAAAAGCUUGAUGAAGAUCUGGAAGAUUCUGAAAUUACUGGGGAAGACGGUUUCAGAGAAACAAGGAAUGUGUCCAGCAGAAUUAUACCGGUACCUGAAAAUAUAGAGGUUCCCAGCUACACGGACCAUCUGAUACAAAGUCCUGAUCCUUUGUUCCCGAAGACCCUGGAGGCAGCUGUGCUAAAUAUUCAUGAGGCUUUGCCACUGGAGGCAGAUGGUUUUCCAAAACUGUCACAGAAAGAGAAAACGGUUGACAGCGCUGCAGAGCUGAAAUCAUACGGUCAUCAGCCUCCAUGCUUGAAACCAGAAUUGGGACUGCAAGAUGUCAGAGCUCAAGAGGAUGAUGGUGGCUUGCCCUCUAGCUCCCACCCUGUCGAAGACCCAGAAGAAAGUCUCUUGAACAAAAGGAGGUCACCUGAAAUGCUGGGAUCUCGGGAUGAAGAUGAAUCUGUGCUGCUGGAAAAGGCUAAGGAAGCAGAAGGUGUGACAUCUUGCCAAGAUCCAGUGCCGUGUGAUAAAACUGGCCACAGGAAAGCCUUGCUCUUCGAGGCACUGCCCUUUUCCAAGGAGGUGGAAGGAGGUGCAGAAUAUGCUUCGGGCCCCCAAGGAAAGUCAGCUAAUCCUCUGCAGCAGCUGCAGCUGUUUGUCGCUCAGACAGUCAAGAACAAUGAGGAAGACCUGCUUCUACCCUGCUUCCCAGUGCUGCAUCCGGCCUCUCUCCUGCCCACGAGUGCCAGCGAACAGACCGAGAAGGAGGAGGGGAUUGCAGACAGUGUGCUGAGUGCUGAGGGGGCUGAGAGUCCCACACUGGAGGAAAGGAAGAGGACGGUGGGGGGUGAACUGGGCAGCAAGUCAUCGGAUUCAGCAGAGUUGCAUUUGGAAGCCGUUGAGCAAGCGGGGCGUUUGGGGGGAGCUGCCUCUCAUGCCACAGAGCAACUGGGGCUUCCGUGCUUGACAGAUGCCUGUUCAGCAGAGGCGGACAUCAAUAGAUGCACAAGCGGCCUUUCAGCAGAGCACAGUAACCUCUCUCUGCUCAGCAACUCAUCCGUCACCUCAUUGCUAAGGGAGAAGGGAGCUCAGGGUGCCGCAGUUACAGGAGAGCAGGAAAAAACAACCUUGACAUUUAGGAGCCACAGAAAAUCCCCUUUAAGCCCCGGAUCAUUUGAGCAAGAUACGCCAAGCCACGCGUUACCAGCAGCGCUCAAAAUCCAAGUCACACACUGUGCUGCUUGGGGUGAAGCAGGCCCUAAGGAGCAGGCAUUGUGUGAUGUGAAAACCCAGUCGAUUGAACUGAGUGGGGAUCGGUCACAACAGGACACACCUGCAGCCCCGACCAGCCCUCCUGAAAAUCAUUACCGGGAUGGUUACCUCUUGCACAAAUCAGGCUUUUGUUCGGGAAUCAGUCCAGGCUUGACAGAAGACCUGAAGAAACAAGCGAGCCAGUGUGCAGACGCCUCCCAGGACAGUUUCCCCGUGGAAUCUGGCUUUGCUGAUCAGCAGUACAUGCAGGAAAAUAAUAAGACCGAUGCGUUUUCAGACUGUGGAGAGCUAGCAUCUCAAGAACUGCACUGUCUGACCAGAGUGCCCAAGGGCCGUCCCAUUCCGCUUUGUACAUGCAGAUACUCCUCCUCUGGUGAAGAGAAGGUGGCCACUGGGACUCCUUCAGAACACAAGAAAUUGAAAGAAGCAACUCCCUUUUCUCCCACUUCGCAGCCCUGUGAGCCCCCGUCUUCGCUUCUCUCGGCCAGGAUGGGCAACCUGCAACGACAUCUUACAGAUGGCGCAUCUGGUGCUUUGGCAGAGUCUCCACAAGAUGUCACUACCCAGGCGGCCUCUCCUCUGUUCUUGGGAGAUCAAACAGAUCCUCUUGCAGGAAAGGAAGGACUCUUGAAAUUACAAGCCACCAGCAGCCAGCCCCCUGAUGAGCCAUCUUUUAUGCAUAAAGACCUUUCUGAAGGUGAACACAGCGAUACACUCUUGGCUGUGGUCAAGAUUACCAGAUCUCCUUCUGUUCCCCUGCAGGGCAUCUUUCUUGGCCCGUCUCCAUCAGACAUUUACUCUACUCAGUGCAGAGAUGAAGAUACAGAUCAAGGACUCCAAGGAACGGAAGAGGCUGGAAGUCACUCCCCAAAAGUCAGUGCAGUUGAACUCCAGCAUGAGGCUUUUAGCAAAGAUGUAGAUAUUGAAGAGACUCUGGUAGCAGACUUCACCCAAGCAGAUGAUGCCGCAGCAGCCCAACACAGUGCCAGCCACUGUCCAGAGACUUGGUGUAGCCGCACUUCUCAGAACACGGCCAGUAGACAGAACGAGGUGAAGAAGGAAGGCUGUGAACAAGGUGAGCAGCCGGAAAGCUUUCCUAGUUCCAGGGAGCAAGAAAAAAAGGGCAAACGUGGAAAUUCUGAAGAUGAUUCCAAAACAGGACAGCUGGAAGAGGAAGGACUGCAAGUUGCCUGUGAUAGUUGUUCCAUUUCUUCUAGAUUCAAAACAGGGUUGUUGAGACCCAGGGUUGCAAAGGGUCAGGAGAACGAGCGUAGGGUUCUGUUGGCAAGUCCUGCUUUGGGCCCAAGCAAGCCGGCCUCUAAGAGAAAUAGGAAGACUUCGGUCAAAGAACGAGGGCACAGCUCACGCAUUCCAAAAACAGCUUCUGGCCAAGUUGUUCCCAGAUCCUACAGAAGGCAGAGAAAGGCGCCCACUGCAGAGAUCCAGGAAGUUGUUAGCAGGGUGCUGAGUGACUUAAGUGUCACCCAUGAACCGCAAAGCACAGAUUGUUUUAGUGAAGACACGAAAACCACAUCCGCUCCACUGGCUGAGUCAAUGGCUAACACUAGAAAAGAUUCAGAGACAGAAGGGAUGGCGGGAGAGGCCAGGCCUGUUGGCUUGGGCAGUCUUACUGAGAAGAAACUGAGGAAGAAAGGGAGGAAAGGGAAAGGAGCUCCCGAUCGGCAGAAGGACGUAAAGUCUUCUCACGUGGAGAAUGAGAUCAGCGGCACUGUCAACCUCACUUCGACUGAGUUCUCUAAAGACAUGGAGAAUGGUCACAGCUCCGCAGAAGCGCAGGCUGAGGGCCGGUCACCUGUGCCCCCUUACAAUCUGAGUGUGGGUGGAUUUGAAGUAGAUGAAAGAAGAACCUCAGCCAAAGAGCCUGCCAGAGAAGAGACUUUUCAGGAGGCACAGAGCGGCGGUGGAAAGGGGACAGAAGAUCCAGAGGCAGAAGAAAAGCUUCACCCGCAAGACAGUUGGCAACCUGGGCCCCCACAGCAAGUCAAGAAGGUGUUGAGCCACCUUUGUGAAGAGCAGAGCGACAGCAUAAAUGUGGAGGAACCUGAGGCAAAGGACAGUUCUUCGGACGAGGCAAACUGCACAAAUCAGAACAACCUAUUGAUCCUCCCUCCGAGCCCCAAGAGUCAACAGCACCCCUUGGAUUCUGGGCCAGACAAAAAGGGCUCCAUAGAAGAGACCUCAGAGAAGGCAGCGGAGGGCUCCUCGGGUCCAGGGGACUCCAAGUCCUGGGGGACAGGAGAGACUCCACAGAGCAACGAAGGUCCAGACCUGCAGAGCUUGUUUGACGACGACACCACGUUUUCACAACUUUUCCCCAGGAACGACCACUUUGCCCGGAGGAAGUGCACUCGCGUUUACGGGAAGCGGACGAAAAAGCUGAGACCCGUCGCGGAGACCAACCCCAGGCCCGAAGUCUCAAGGGACCUCUUCACGAUCCGGAUGGCUUCCGACCUCGGGGAAACCAGCUCCUUCUGCGUCACGAGAGAAGAUCCCUGCGAGUAUGAAACCAUCUCCAUCGACGAUGCGCUGAUGCUCAACAUGUGCCACAACAACAAAACCACGCCCAGCAACGCCAGUUCCACCUCGCCUAAAAGCGCUGCUUCUCAGCCGGUUGCCAGACAAAGGGAAGAAGCUACGGAUUUGAAGAAGGACGACGCAGUGAGCUUUCUGUGCCAAACAAGCCCGACGGAAGCUCUUCCAACCUUGAGCAACUGGGAUGCUCUGGGGAAAGAGGUGGAAGCCGGACCACUGCUCAGUUCACCUGCGGAGCGUUCUAGUGGCCAUUCUGUGGCAGGCGCCAGUCCGGAGCCUCCUGAUCUGGAAAAAGAGCCCUACGACACCAGAAGGAAUGAAAAUCCCACCUUGCCUGAAUUCCAUACCAUUGAUCUGGAGAUGCUGAACACGAAGUUUGAGGCGAGGGACACGCCCAGUAACCCCGCUGAAGAGAGUCGUCUCCCACCUGUGGACGAGCACACCUUAGGUCUGAAGCAGACGUCCGUCGGUCAAGGCAAGCCAAUCAGAAAUAAGCUAGAAGAAGGGAAACCAGGGAAGUCCCGGAGUGACCUCAAGACUAAGGAAAAGCAAUACAAGUGUAAAGUGUGCUUCCAGUGGUUCCUCACCUUGGGCGAGCUGGACUUCCACAAGCUGACCCACAACCCCUCCCCUCCUCCGACCUGCUACAUGUGCGUCCAGAGAAAGUUCAGCUCUCGAGAGCAACUGAGGGACCACUUGAAGGAGAAGCACGCCAAGAACAAAGCUGGCCUCUGGGCUUGCGGGAUGUGCUUGAAGGAGAUCUCCGAUGUCUGGAUGUACAACGAGCACUUGAGGGAGCAUGCCACGCAGUUUGCCCGGAAAGGCCAGGCUCAGAAAUCGGUCUUGGGUAUGCCUGGUUGUUUCUCUGAAGACAACGUGGCCGUCACUCACUUCCUGAACUCCAUCUUGUGUCGGAAGCCCAGCAAGGCCUCCAAGAACGCAGAGCCGGGCAGCAAAGCUCUUGUGGGCAAAGACAGCAAAGUCCCCAAAGAACCUCAAGGCCAGGAGGGAAAGGUCAGCAAGGACCUCUCAGAAGGCGUGGCCAGAAUCAAGCCGCCAGCUUCCUCCCCCAAAGCACCCACAGUUCCAUCCCCAGCCCCAGCUCCGAAGGCCGAAGGACCUCCCAUGCACCCUGAAUGCAAAGACCCUUCUCGGGACUGUCAUCACUGUGGGAAGCAGUUUCCAAAGCCCUUCAAGCUCCAGCGCCACCUGGUGGUGCACAGCCUGCAGAAGAUCUUCUUGUGCCACAAGUGCCCCAUGUUCUACCAGGAGACCAGAGAGCUUCGGAGCCACCUCAGCCAAGAGCACGGGACGGCCGAGGAGGCCGACAUCAAGCACACCACCCUGUACGCCUGCGAGCUGUGCGCAGACGUCAUGCACGUGAUCAAGAAGUCCUUCAUCUGCAGCACCUGCAACUACACCUUCUCCAAAAAAGAGCAGUACGACAGGCACAUGGAGAAACACCUGGCAGGCGGCAGCAAGACCUUCCGCUUCCAAGGAGUGAUGCGCCCGGGGGCCUUUCCGAAGGAGGGAGGCAAGAAAAUCAAGGAGGAGUCGCGCCCCAGAGAAGGCACGCCUGCUGCCAAGAAGAAGAAGGUUCUCCACCACACCAGCUCACCUGCGCAGGGCUCACCUGUGCACUUGGAUUCUCUUCGUUCCCCCCUGCUAGGGGGUGAAGCUCUGCUACCUCCAAGCGAGCCUCUUUCGGCAGCGGUCCGUGUGACUAAGACUCCUCCGCCCCAGGCCCCUGUCAAAGCGGAGGAGCAGAUGGGAGCCUUCCCUGGUUUCUUGGCCGAAAUAGAAGAAUCUCAGUUCGACCGUCUGCCUUCACCCCCUCCUCUAGCACUCCAGCAAACAUCUGACUGCCCAGAGGUCAGGCACGUGGCUGGACUUCCUACAGGCCAGCUGAUGAAAAGAAGCUUGCCAGAUGAGAAUCCUCCUCUGUUUUUCGACUCUCCUGACGCAAUUAGCAUCGAUCUUGCCAGCUUAGCACAUAAACGCGCAGAAGGCCAAGAGCUGUCUCCACCUCAUCUCUCUGAGAAGCACGAGACUCCUGAACAGGCCGCCUUUAGCAGCGCGGCUGAGCGUGCCCUAGGGACGUGGGGCAAUUCCCAGUUGCAAGAGGAGCCCAUGAGGAAGAUGCAUGAGCUUGCUGCUGGGAGUACAGAAUGUAAGGGGUCUGGUAAAGGGCAGUGGGCUGGCCAUCUGAAUGGGACAGUUCCUCAGGAAAGUGCUUGUAAGCUAAAUUCACCUGAAGUUGCCUUCCACGCUUUACCUCUGAAGGAUAAGACAUCGUCACCAGCCCUAAAUCGACCUGCCAAGAAAACCACAGGCAGUCUGGCUGACUCUGAAAAUGGCACAAGUGGCCAGAAUUCCCUAAGUAGUCCAGGAGAGGUCCAGAAGGCCCUCUACCUAAAAGACAAAGCCCCACCGGAGACAGGUGCUUGCCCCAAAGACAGCAGGGCCCAGGUGAGCGUCAAAGAUGGGGGAACCCUCCAAACCAGUCCUGCGAGCGACCCCCUCCCAAAUGACACAGGAAGUGCCCCAGCAAGACACAACCACUCUGAACCCAACACAUUCCAGGAACGAUCGGUUGCCAAUGGGCUCGCCAAAGCACACCCCAAAAAGAGGAGGGAGCACAAGUCUUCCCACAAGGGCAGCUCAGCCUCCCGUGAAAAUAUCGAGGGGGACGGAGGGGGAAAGAGGAAAAAGGUCCGGUGGCCGGAAGCCAUGAGGGGGGAGGGGGCCGGAGGCUUCACAAGGGCCGACUGGUCGAGCAGCGAGACUCUAGCCCUCUCCCCUCGUAGGAGAGAUACUCACUGCAACAAACUGUCUCCCAAGCCCAAGGCGUCCAUGAGAAGUGGCCAACUGAAGAAAACGGUGCUUGACCAGUGUUUCCAGAAGAAAGCAGAGGCCCGCCAUUCCAACGGAGAGUUGAAACGCAAGAAGGACGUCUUGGGCAAGACUUAUCACACCCUCUUAUCCAAAGAUCCUUCCCCUUCCCCGGCCAGCUCUCUGAACAGACCUAGAGCUGUCCAAGGUGCUAAGCUGCCUGAAGCUCACCACUACCGGACGGCUGAAUCCCAGAACAAUCUCCUCAACCAACUGUUUGGGCAGAAAUUAACUAGCUUUAAAAUUCCUUUAAGAAGAGAUACUUCUGAGUAAUUUAUGAAAGUGACUUAUGGUGAUCCUUUCGCUGCUUUCAAGGGGGUGGGGGGAAUUAUCAAAGCGUUGAAUUCGUUUGCGUCGCGUGAUUUCUGUGUCUAGCUAAAUGAACUUGCACGGCAGCCUCUGAAAUAGUUUUGCUUUUGUGUCUUGAUAAUCUGCUUUAAUUCACCUGAUUUAUCAUGCAAAUGCUAGAACUUUGAUGUUGCUGAUGAUUUUCAUGAACUAAAACUGUAAUCGCUCUGGGCAGAGCGAAGCGUCAAGAGGAAAUGCUUUAUUGGAGAAGUGCUGAGGUUAUGGGGAUACUUGCAAAUCCCGGCCCCUUUUGAGACUGUGUCUCUGUUAUCUUUGUACAAAGUACUUGAAGAGAUGAACUUCAUUCCAGAGACGUCUUAUUCAUAAGGUGCAGUACACUGUAGAAAGCAAUUUUUUUCUCCUGGAGACUUUGCACAAAUAAUCCUGAAUGAUUUCAUUUAAUUGGGAGCAGCCUAAGACAUGAUACAAUUAAAAAAAUUAAAUUAAGAAGGAAGCAGGCCCCGGUUUUGACAGACAUCCAUUCCCAAGAACGUGGAGUUAAAAGUGAACUAAUUUCUAUUGCCUCGGGGCCUUGAUGUAAGUUGCUGCCUUUUUAAAGACCACUGUAGAUAUUACUGAAAGGGAUGUUUUUAAGAGAGAGAGAGAGAAAUUAUAACCCCCUCCAAUCUAACUGAACUGCACCUUGAAGAUUUUUGACAUAGUUUCUUUUUAAUUAUUAUUUUAAUUAUUAUUUUUCCCAUGAGAAACAAAACUGUGCCAAUUUACCCACGCCCCCUCCCACCAACGCAGUACUGUCCUGAUUACCUGUAAGGAAUGGUUUCUAACUCUUACUGUAUUGAAAUAGUUGCUAGACUUUGGGCUUUCACUAUGCAGUUAACUGGUGCUAUUUUUGUUUUCGUAAUGUGAAUACUGACAGGAACAAACCAGUCAAGGAAGGGGUGGGGGAGACACAACGCUUUAAAGAACCGUUGCCUGUAUAAACCUAACACACAGAGAGAGAACAGGAAGGGGGGGUAUCUUGUGUGUUCUCUUGCAAACCUGGUACUCCACAGCGUAUGCAACCACAGUUGCAUCUUGAGGUUUGAUUCUCAGGUGCGGAUUAAGACUCGGAGGGUCACCCGUCGUUUUUAGGGGCCUCCCGACGUCACAGAGGAGAAGAGAAAGGUGCACUGGAAGAGUUGGGGGCAGGCACGCAGCAUUCUUUGCGUGUGUCUUGCAACUAUUAUGUGUUUUGUUUGUAAGAUUUUUAAAAAAGGAAUUAAGUGGCUUUAUCCUGUUAAUAUGUACUUUUACAGUUCUCUGUGUAAAAAAAAAGAGUAGAUUAAUUAUACAUCGGGUGCAAUGUGUUACGUUUAAAGUUUUUAUUUUGAUAUUUGUCAGAGCAGAGAAAAGCGCUGAAAACGCCCGUUUGGUUUUUCCGUUUUUUUUUAAUAAUGUUGUACAGGGGCCAAUUGAGCACCUUUUUAAUGUUGAAUAAAAUAUGAGAUGAACAUUACCCAGUGGUACUGUAAGACAGGGCCUGGAUUUCUCUUUGCAAAUAUAGUCCAAUAUUUUCACAGAA